AUGACCUCCUUCCCCGGGUCUCCAGCUGCACGGCACUCGAAUUCGGACAUGACCUCCUUCCCCGGGUCUCCAGCUGCACGGCCCUCAAACUGGAACAUCGGCUCCCUGCCGGUUCCCCCCUGGGUCUCCAGCUGCACCGCCUCAACCUGGAACAUCAGCUCCUCCCCGGGUCUCCAGCUCCACGGCCCUCAACCUGCAACACCAUCUCCCCACUGGGUCCCCAGAUGCACGGCCUUCAAACUGGAACAUCAACUCCCCACCGGGUAUCCAGCUGCACAGGCCUCAAACUGGAACAUUGGCUCCCUGCCAGGUCUCCAGGUGCACAGCCCUCAAACUGGAACAUCAGCUCCCCGCCAGGUCACCAGCUGCAUAGCCCUCAAACUGGAACAUCAGCUCCCCACUGGGUCUCCAGCUGCAUGGCCCUCAAAUUGCAACAUCGGCUCCCAGCAGAGUCUCCAGCUGCACGGCCAUCAAACUGGAACAUCAGCUCCCCCGUGGGUCUCCAGCUGCACAGACCUCAAACUUGAACAUCAGCUCCCCGCCAGAUCAUCAACCGCAUGGCCCUCAAACUGGAACAUUAGCUCCACCCCUGGGUCUCCAGCAGCAUGGCCCUACAACUGGAACAUCAGCUUCCCCCCGGGUGUCCAGCUGCACAGCCCUCAAAUGGGAACAUCAGCUCUCUGCCGGGUCUCCAGCUGCACGGCCCUCAAACUAGAACAUCAGCUCCCCGCUGGGUUCAAACUGUUCCAGUUUGAGGGCCAUGCAGCUGGAGACCCGGUGGGGACCUGA